AUGAAGAAUCACAAUCAAUUGUUCUUUCCUUGUUUGGAGUCACCCUUGCGGCUAUAUCUGUCUGUUGCAACAAAAGAAUCAUAUCUAGAUCCAUCCGCAGGAGUAGGAGCAGCAGCACCAGAUACUACUACGAUUGAAAUCAAAGAACACAAUAAUAGUAACGUAUCAGCUGCCGCUUCAGACAAGGUAGAAGACGAAUACAAUUCCUCUGCUACUGAUGAUGCUGAUGCUACUACUGAUGCUAUUACUGAUGCAGAUGUUAAAAAGGCACCACCAUCUACCACCGGUGCCACAAAAGAAGAAGAAGAAGAAGAAGAGCAAAUAGUGGUCAAAUCUACCAAGUGGCAAGAUCAAAAACACGAAUACUUGAGUUUGCAGGCCCUCAAUAAAAAGAAGGUUUGUGUCUCGGAUUCACCCCACGAAUGGUGUCUCUUGUGGAAUAAUGGUACUACUCCUGCUGCUGCUGCUGCUGCCAUUGCAGACGACGACGAUGAUGAUGAUGUAAAGGAGGAUUCCUUGGACGACGACGGAGAAACAAAUGGCAUUCGAGCUUCUACUUUUGUCUUGCAGUCGGUCGAUCGCAAGGUUUUCUUGACGUGCAAUGCCGAAGGAGAGUUGAGUACCUGCACCCAGGAAUAUUUGCAAGCCAAGCGACAACAACAAUUCGAGCAAGAACAAGCCGAAGAAUUAAUCUUUCAAGAAAAUGCUAAAAAUAAUAAUAAUAAUGCAGUGUCAAGGAAUGAUGGAGAUGACCAAGGAUCCUUCACAUGGGCAUUGGAAUAUGAAGAUGAAUCUGGCAUGGUGGUCAGUUUGAUCAAUACUACCUAUCAACGAAAGUUGGCUAUUCUCAAGUCAAAUGAUAAUGAUUCGAAACCUACCAAGCCUAUGUGUACCACUCUUCCACUGGCAACCAAGAGAUUGGAGGACGAAGACGAUGCGCAUCUCUUUCCUGGAAAUGACGAUGACGACGACGAAGUACCUCCUUCCACUCCUGUGUUUACAUUUCACUGGAAGAUGCGCUUUCGAUCAGGGGAACUUUUGUUCCUGUCCAAUCCUACCAUUCAACGCCGCUUGCGAUGUGACGCCUUUGGCAAACUCAAUUUGGAUGAAAACUGGAAGGGAUGGGAAGUCUUUCGAUUCGUGGAAGCGGGCCAUGGUGGAUUUGUACAAAUUACCUCGUGGACGCACGAUUCGUAUCUUUUGUAUUCCAAUCAAUAUGGCAAGGUUGGUAUGACCCAAAAUGAGGAAUCGCCCAACACGUUGUGGGAGAUUACUAGAUUCCGAGAUGCUGAGGAUGGUACGUCCGGUGGAAUUUUGUUGCGGUCGGUGCGGCAUGACAGGUACCUGUCUGCCUUGAAUGAAAAAGAGUUGGCAACGGUGGAAAAACAAAACUUUAACUUUGCUGCAGUCCAAUGGGAAUUGGAACCUGCAAACAAGAAGCUCUUCUUUUUGACCACCACCACCACCACCACAACAUCGAAUGCCGCAGCAUCCAAAGCAUCUUUUGCCGACGGUACUGUCAAUCACCACUUUUUGUCUUCCAGACCAAACGGCAAGGUAUUUUCUACGAAACAUGGCAAGGAUUGGGAAGAAUGGGAAUUGAAACCCGUACUACAAGAGGGCAAGACCUUGGAGGAGGAGGAUGACAGAAAACCAUCGGCAGGUGGGUUUGCCGAAGAGGUAAAUAUGUAUUCCAUAUACUCCAACAAGCACCAAAAGUAUCUUGGUUCUUCGGAGGAUGGAAAUGUAUACACUAUUGAAUCACUCGGAGAAUCAGAGCAUUGGGAGCUCGAAGAAUCUCCCAGUGGUGACGGUUACAUUGUAAUUCCGCACUUGUAUGGUGACCGACAGCUGUUCUGCAACGACCAGGGUGAAUUGACAACUUCGCCCACCGAAUGUCAAGCUUGGAACUUGCAACCCCGCAUGCCGAACUCCAUUUCCAAGAACCAAAUGGCAGUGGCAGGUGUAGCCGCUGCUACCCUACUUGUAGCCUCUCCACUUUCAUUCGCGCUUGGGGCUGCUGCUCGAGCCCCGUUUGCGGCCAUGAUGGUCGGUGGCGCAGAAGUUGUCACGGCGGAAGCGGCAGUGGCAUAUGGUGUUGGAACAGCGGUGAUUGGAUCCUCAGCAGUUGCCAUUAUGACAGAUCACAAGAACCGACUAGAAUCGAAAAAGUCACAGCAAAACGAACUUCCGAUUCAAUCUGUCAAUCGUCCACUGGUUGGAUGGAGAUCAUGGUAG